UGAAACCGUUGCGUUUGAGCGUGCGGCAGUGGGGACGCGGGUGUGCGCUGUGGAGUUUGUAGCCAUUGGUAUGGCGCCAAAUAUUGGUGUCAACUUGCGUGUAACUGGUCACUGCAACCAGGGCGAUCGACGCUACAUGGAAGAUGUCUUUUCUGUGGCAUAUCAACAAACGGAAGAUGAGAAAGACUUGGAAUAUGCCUUCUUUGGCAUUUUUGACGGCCAUGGUGGAAGAGAAGCUGCUCAAUUCGCUAAAGAUAACUUAAUGGACUUCGUUGUCAGCCAAAAGAAUUUCUGGUCAGAUGAUGACGAACUUGUGCUUAAGGCUAUACGAGAAGGCUUCAUUACCACGCACCAGGCAAUGUGGAAAGAGCUUGAACAUUGGCCGAAAACGUCUGCUGGCCUUCCAAGCACCUCAGGCUCCACAGCCAGCAUUGCAUUCAUCAGAAGAGGAAAAAUAUACACUGGCCAUGUUGGUGACUCAGCCAUUGUACUCGGAUAUCAGAAGCCAGGGGACGACCCGCGCCACUGGCACGCGCGCCCGCUCACCAGGGACCACAAGCCCGAGUCGGUGGACGAGUGUGAGCGCAUCCAGCAGUGCGGCGGCAAGGUGAUCAACAAGUCCGGCGUACCGCGCGUGGUGUGGAACCGGCCCCGCAUCGGCCACCAGGGCCCCAUCCGGCGCUCCACGGAGAUUGACGAGAUCCCCUUCCUGGCCGUGGCCAGGUCACUAGGUGACCUGUGGAGCUUCAACUCGUCCAACAACGAGUACGUGGUGUCGCCGGAGCCGGACCUGGACGUGCUGACGGUGGAUGUGACGCAGCACCGCUGCCUGGUUCUCGGCACCGACGGCUUCUGGAACAUGGUGUCACCACAGCAGUCUGUCUCGAACGUGGCGCACGCCGAACUCUUCAACGAGGAGUGUCUCAUCAACCAUACCAACACGGGAGAGGAGCGCCAGUGGAUCAACCCCUCUAAGCGGCUGGUGGACCUGGCCCUCAGCAAGUGGAAGAUGAAGUGCUUACGAGCGGACAACACGAGCGUCGUCACCGUGAUGCUCGACCCGCCCGGGCCGCCCAAAGUCCAGGUGGUGAAGAAGCGCCUGCGUCAGUCGUCUGAGUCGGAGCAGAGCUCAGCGGCAAAGCGUCCGGCCGACGAGGCGGCCACCACCGCCGGCCAGCUGGCCGAGCGCGCCAAGGCCGCCGCCCGCUUCCGGCCGGCCUUCUUCCGCAGCGGCGGCGCUGAGCCGCGAGUCCCCGGCGCCUCGCCGCUGCGCGACUAUAAGGUGUUUAACCCGGUGGGCGCGCUGAAGCCGGCGCUGGUGGGCCGCCGCUCGUGUCCGCAGCCCAUGACGGCGCCGCCGCCGCCGCCACCUCCGCGGGUGCCGCCGCCCGCGGCCACCGCGCCGCUGCCGCUGCUGGCGGCCAUGUCGGCCAGCUUGCCGGCGCCGCCUCCCGAACGGCGCGACGUCCAGAUCAACGAGGUGACGAGCUCGAGCUGCGCGCGCCGGGCGCCGCCGCCGGCCGGCGAGGACAGCGACACGGAGAACCGGGCGGCGCCGGGCCGGCCGGUACGCCGCCGCUCGGCCCCGCCGGCCGGCGCCGCGUCGGUACCGGCGCGCGCGCCGGCGCCGCUGGCCGCCGUGCGGCGCAGUCCGUCGGCCGAGCUGCUGCAGAAGGUGCGCCGGAAAACGGACGAGUUGAGCCAGCAUGUGCGCCAGCUGCGCUCCUCGUUCAGUACGCCGCCGCGCACCCGGCGCUCGGCGCUGCGCAGCCACAACGGUGACGCGCCGCCGCCGCCGCCGACGGCCGUCAGUCGCAAGCGGCGCAGCUCAGAGACGGCGCGGCCCGAGCGGCCCGCCAAGAAGCCGGUCACCCGGAGCCGGAUACGACUGGGGAAGUGAGGGCCGGGCGGCACCGGCCGAGCACGGUCGUCUGGGAGGCCAUGCGGUGCUGGAGAAGGCCUUGCGAAGGCGGUGGCCAAGCUCAGCUGACAUCCAAUCAUUUUCACCGUUUGACCUCGCGAAAUGGUUUGCAUCGUUGGAGAUUCAUCAAUUUAUCUCAUGGUGAUUUUUACUAGAUUUCGUCAUGUAAGAAAGGUGACCAUACUACUCUGUUUUCCAUAAUUUUAGAUCCAUUGAAUUCUAAGGAACGACGCAGAAGUCUGUGUUGCAUACGCUGUGUACGGUUCAUUUACAUUUCGACAUAUCUAUAAUCGGGAGGGGCUUAGUUGUUUUAAAAUAUCUUGUGUUGCGUGUGCUGUAGUGUGUUCUGUUCUGCCGGAAAGCUGCUGCCCUUGGUUUUGUUUUAAGCUGUCCUCGUGGGUGCGCGUCUGAUCUCCAGCAAUGCUCCGUCUAAAUAAGUGGCUGCAGCUGGCGAACGAACGGGUGAACCGAUCGACCGGACCGUGCGAACUGCGAUGCGAUCUGUGAUAUCUAAUUGAAAUACUACCCCGCCGCUGGUGCGGCGCGAGUGGUCCGCGCGGCACCGGCCGACGCCGGACCGCUCCGUGCGGCGGCGGUGGCUGCCGUCCCGCGGCUGACCGGCCAGCCUGCUGGGCGUCUCGUCAGGAGUCCCGGCUGACCUGCCGCCACUGACCCUCUGCGCCGGCGCCGCGCCGUCCGGCAGGCUGGUGGGAACGGAACAUAUUUUGCUAGCCGCUGGGCGGAUGUGUAUUUUCACUGAUGCGUUUGUUAAAAUUGUUUAGUGUUACCAGCCCGAAUUUAUUUAUUGCCGAAUGUGGGAACCAACGAGUGAUCGAUCGUGGGGCAGUGUGUGCGUGUGGGGCCUUCAAUAAAGCGGACUGGCGAA